GGUGCGGGCUUGCCACGUCGGUCUCUGUGAAAUGCAUUUACACAGUGGCACCUCGCAGCCUUGGGUUAACUUUUAAAUACGCUUUUUCUUUGAACACGGAGUGACAGCGACGUCACGAGCGUCCUCGGAACCGUCGUAGCUCAUCUCCACAUCGCUGCAGUCGGUCUUAUUGUAGCAGGAGGCGGAGGAAUGAUCGGUUCCGUCUCGACUCGUCCGGCUGGAAGCCACACAACUGACUGAUGUAUCCUCGUUCACUUCACCCUCCCGUAUGUUGUUUGCUUCAGCAUAUAUGGUCACUCAUUAAGGAGCAAGGGGGGAGUCCCAGCGUCCAGGGUUGCCACGGUAACAGGCGACCAUGCCAGGGGGUCGCAGGGGUCCCAGCAGACAGCAGUUAAGCCGCUCUGCCCUGCCCUCCCUGCAGACUCUGGUUGGAGGCAAUGUAGGCAAUGGUACAGGCUUCAGGAACAGGAAUAGUAACUCCUUGGGUCUUUCUGCGCCACCUAUCUCGUCCCUCAUAACACCAGAGCUUGUCCGUCACUCAAGGAUUCCUGAGCUCCCGUUGGACAGUAGCCUGUUGUUUGAGUUUCUCCUCUUUCUUUAUUUACUGGUGGCCUUGUUUGUCCAGUACAUCAACAUCUACAAGACAGUUUGGUGGUACCCAUACAGCCACCCACCUGCCUCUACCUCACUUAACUUCCAUCUAAUGGACUACCACCUUGCUAUCUUUAUCACAGUCAUGUUGGCAAGGAGGCUUGUUUGGACGAUAGUUUCAGAGGUGUCUCAGAGCAGCGGGGGGUCGCUUGUCCGCUAUAUGGUUCUGAUCGCAGCAAGACUCUGUCUUCUCACUAUGUGUGGCUGGGUUCUCUGUUGGACGCUGGUCAACCUCUGCAAGAACCACUCUGUUCUCAACCUCCUCUUUCUAGGAUACCCGUUUGGCGUAUAUGUCCCACUCUGCUGUUUCCACCAGGAGGGGCCAAAGAACCAAACUUCACCAGCUGACUGUGAUUACUCAGCCGAUCACCAGCAGACGGAUCUAACGGAAACUGCGUUCUUUCGGCCCCGGGACUUCCUUUUUCUGUUACGGGAGAACCUCAAAGAGCAGUUUUCUACGGCCCCGCACAUGCCCACACACACAUGCCCACCGCACACACACACUCACACACCCGAGCUGAUUCGGGCAGAGGUGGAGGAGCUAAAGAGCGACUUCAAUCGCCGAAUCAAAGAAGUGCUGUUCAACUCGCUGUUCAGUGCUUAUUACGUUGCCUUUUUGCCUCUCUGCUUUGUAAAGAGCACCCAAUACUAUGACAUGUGCUGGUCAUGUGAACAUCUCAUCAUGGUGUGGAUCAAUGCCUUUGUGAUGCUGAUGAGUCAACUGCUGCCCCCCAGCUACUGCGACCUGCUUCAUCGUUCGGCGUCUCACCUAGGCCGGUGGCAGAAGCUGGAGCAUGGCUCAUACAGUAAUACACCUCAGCAUGUGUGGUCAGACAGUGCAGUUUGGCCUCAGGGGGUGUUGGUACGACAUAGUCGCUCUCUAUACAAAGCUGUUGGACCAUAUAAUGUUGCUAUGCCCUCCGAUGUUUCACAUGCAAGAUUUUAUUUUCUGUUCCACAAGCCGUUGCGGAUCCUGAACAUGCUGAUUGGGAUCGAGUCCAGCGUGGUUCUGUACCAGUUAUACUCUCUGUUGCGGUCCGAGCGCUGGAACCACACUCUCUCUCUAGGCCUUAUUCUCUUCUGCAAUUACUAUGUCCUUUUCAAGCUGCUCAGAGACCGCAUAGUGCUGGGCAAAGCCUACUCCUACCCCCUGUCUGGUAGUUUGGGCUUAAAGUCACAAUAAUAAAAUUUGGGAGACCAGAGGGGGUGUUCAGCGCUCACAAUUGGAAGUUAAGGGACAGGACUUUGAACUCAUAAUCUUGUUUUGAUACGGUUCUAUUUUUAAUGCAAUGUUUAUAUAAACCUAUUUAAAAAAAAUAUUUUAUUUUGUAUACUAUUUCAAGUUACGCCGGGCAUUACCACACUGACAUGAACAUGUUGCGUUAUGUUGUUGCUGGAAGAAGAUGAAUGUUUCACCAAGUAUUUGUGCAAGUGGCCAAGCAACCACAGAGCCAACAUGGCCUCCUGACAAGUCAGUUAAUGUUUUAAAUUUGCCCAUAAUUGACCUAAAAAUCUACAACCUUUUUUUAAGCCCUGAACCACACACUCAAUUGAAAGAUGCAACUUACCUCAAGGAAAAUUCAAACAUUUGGGGGAUAUUGUUUUGUGACAGAUCAGCAAGUCAAUGGCACUCUCACGUGUUGAUUACAGCAUAUAUUCACUUGCAGAUAGUUGAGCCUUGAGCCCAUGAAGUAUGAAAAUGGUACCAACAGUUACUAGGAAAUCUACUGAGUCAACCUCCUAUGCCCCAAAAGAUUCAACUGUAUGAACUUAACAUUAGUGAAUUUUUUCUUUGGACCCAGAUGUUUUCAGUCCAGGUGCUAAACGGUCGCUAUUGAGUGAACAUCCACUAGGAGUGAUGUCGGUAGAUACGGUACCUCUCACUGCCUCAACUAUAAAUGCUGCAUGUUCUUAUUUAAUUUGGACCUUUGUUGCACAAACAGCAUGUGCUUGUCAUCACGGGGUGGGUGUGAUGACAUGCCCUGACAUGCCACCUUCAGUUUCCGGACAUGGAUACCUAACAGGUGCACUGCUUUGCACCUUAUUUGUGCUCCUUAAAGUCUCAGUAUAGUUUUGAUGCCUGUCCAAACCAGGCACAUCUGUUUUGUAGUGCAGAAAAACGUGGCCAAUAGAGUCAAGAAAGCUCUAACCACCCCAUGCUUACAUUUUGAAUGUCAAUUUUAAAGGAUGCUUUAUUACAUGGGUGUGAAUUGCUUAGUUGAGGUGAGCCUCACCUGCCUGUCAUUAGUAAUGAAUGGAUUCUCUGCGGAAUGCUUCUACAAGUCACCUUGUAUGCUGCCCUUGACUAAGUCAAACUCUUUAUGCGCUCUCCUGCCUUAAGUAGUUCCCUCUGACUUGUGCCUCCUGCUUAAUCUAGUCCAGGGGUGGGCAAACUUUUUGACUCGCGGGCCGCAUUGAGUUAACAAAAUGCGCCGGGGGGCCAGACUAUAUAUUUGAUACAUGCACUCUAUUUUACACUUAUAAUUACAACAGUCCACCUGGAAUUAGUAGUAGUCUAUCUGUGCGGCAUGAGAGAAAGUUAGCACACGCACAAUGGACUACUAUAUAUAUGGCUGCACGGUGGUCUAGUGGUUAGCACGUUGGCCAACACAGGAACAGCCUGGAGAUCGGGAAGACCUGGGUUCGAUUCUCCCCUGGGCAUUUCUGUGUGGAGUUUGCAUGUUCUCCCCGUGUGCGUGUGGGUUUUCUCCGGGCACUCCGGCUUCCUCCCACAUUCCCAAAAACAUGCAGGUGAGGUUAAUUGGCGACUGUAAAUUGUCCAUAGGUAUGAAUGUGAGUGUGAAUGGUUGUUUGUUUAUAUGUGCCCUGCGAUUGGCUGGCGACCAGUCCAGGGUGUGCCCCGCCUGUCGCCCGAAGUCAGCUGGGAUAGGCUCCAGCAUGCCCCCGCGACCCUAAUGAGGAUGAAGCGGUAUAGAAAAUGGAUGGAUGGAAAUCUUAUAUAUGUAUGUGCUUGUGUCCCUUUUUUUCAGGAGCACUUUAAAUAUCAGACCAUAUCAAAUGACCAAAUUAAAUUUGACAUUUUUUUUUUUUACUAAAUAAGACACCCGGAAUGUACAUGAAUAAAGGAUGUGCUAUACAAUAUGAACUACUAUAUGAACGUUAAAACAUUAACUAUUAAGUAUGUGAAUGUCCCUCCUUUUUUACUUCAGACUGUGCAGUGGGUAGGUUAGGUUGUGUGACGCGUAUUUUUUACUUGUGUUUGUUUGGCACCGUGCGUGAGGUAGUUGUCUGGAUCGCUGCAUGUGAAAAGCUACUUAAACCAUCAAAAGGUUGUCUCAGAUUGACUACUAGCAAGUCAUGUUGCCAGCUUUAUUUUAAAGAUUGAAUUACUUUGGAAGCAACUGGCGGGCCACAUUCAAAUGCUUGGCGGGCCGGAUGUGGCCCCCGGGCCAUAGUUUGCCCACACCUGAUCUAGUCUGCUUGUGUUGCAUAGACAAAGACAAAGAGGCAAGCAACAAGCCAGUGUGACUCUCAAGCCACUGGUUCGCCAUUAUUUUCUGUCAUGCCCACACUAGAGGACAGAAAAGUUUUUUAAGAAACUUGUAUCUGUUUAUCUGUACUGAACUCGAAACUGAAGCCAUCGAAAUGCAACAAAAUGGAGAAUAGGGAAGCAUACAAGCGUAUUCAAGAGUCAAAUUGCAUGCUGAGUAUGGCGAAUGAAUACAUGUUGGCAGGACUAACAUUGAAAGUCCUGCCUGCCUCUGACGCCCCCCUCCAUCCCCCCGGGUUAAGCACUGGGUUAAGCUGAGGAAACUACUUAAGAGUUGCGCUUGUGGUUGACUAUUUGUGCCUUUUUUACAAACAAGCUUACAAUCAGCAGCUUUGAGUCUGCGCUGAUAGUCUUAGCCUGCAUAGACUAGAAUGCCCCAGUCGGGGGCGCUGUUGACUUGAAUGGAAGUUGGAAUUUGUCUAUUCGAAUGUCACACAUCCAAUGCGCGUGGACCAUGAUAAGAAACAACUUAUGUGGUGUUAUGUGCUUGCUCAUAUUCACCCUGCGUUUGUUGUGUUGGUAAAGCCCCCUAAAACCAAUACCCCACAGUAAAAUUUUGAUAUUUGGGAAGAUUUUCAUUGAGUAACCUUUGACGCAUUUCCAUUCCCUUGGGUCUUCCUCUAGCUUCCAUGAAACUGAGACAGGGUGCAAGAAAAACUGAUGCUGAUGUCCAUCUGAGUCACAUUUGUUGAGAUUUAGUUUUUUCUAUGUGGCAUAUCCCAGCAUGCAUUUGUUGAACUUGUUGUGGAUCACAUCCUGGCUGCAGAAGUAAAAAAAAAAAAAAAAAAAAAAAAGCUGGUCCUCAUAUUUCGGCUUUUUACAGUAUUGGUUUCUCUCACAGCAUUUCUGAACAUGCUUUUUUUGGCAUCUGAAAUAAAACAUGGCGUUGAAACGAACUUGUGUAUUUUUGCAAGAGCAACAAAACAUGAGCAGACAGAGGAAUCAUACGCUUAACCCGAAAACGUUUGUUACCACAAGAGGGAGCACGACAUUCCAAUAGAUCAGUGGUCCCCAACCCCCGGGCCGCGGCCCAGUACCAGACCACACAAAGAAAAAAUAAUUUCCAUUUGUUUUUUUAAUGUUUUAUUUUGAAAAGUGGCCGGAUUCUCUCUGUUACAUCCGUCUCACUUGACGCAUGUCCAUUGUGCGUGUGCUAACUUUCUCUCAUGCCGCACAGAUAGACUACUACUGUAUUUUUACCAUUUUUCUUUCACCUCAUAUUUGGUCUCAAAUGCUGAUACUAUGUGGGAAUGCAUAAAGGUAAGUUUUGAUGACUUAUUCAGUGCUAAUGUGCACAUUUGUCUCAAGUUAAUUCAUGCUAGCAAUGUAAUAAUCUUUCUGGAAAAACUUGGCUGGAACUUGAACAGGUGGAUGGUGGGUAGGCAUUCAUUUUGUGCUUUUAAUUUGAUGUUAUUCAUGUAUUAGUUUUACACAAUACAUAAUAAAAAAGAUAAAUUAGAUCGCUAUAAUGUACCACCCCCCGGUCCGCGGGAGAUUUGUGGGAACACAAACUGGUCCGCGGGUCAAAAAAGGUUGGGGACCACUGCAAUAGAUGAUGCUCCUCAAGGCAGUAAUCUGCUUUGGAUAGACGUGCAGUUGAAAGACGACCCAUGAAAGUACCAAACAUUUGAUUUAGCAGACAGUACAUGCUUGUCCCGCUGCAAUGAGCAUAGGCACCUUUGGUAGCUCACUUGUACAUUCUUUGACAAAAACAAGUCUCAGUGGAAAAAGUUUGGGUUAAACAGUGCAAUAACAAAGACGUACAACUAUCGCAGUCUGCCAUUCGUUGUCUGCAGGCACAGGCACCUUCCUAAUUGUGUUAAUUGCUCUCUUGCUUAUAAUGGUCACAAGAUGCAGAUGCACUUGCCUGUGUUGUGUAAGGAAGUAAAUAGGCUUGCACUGAUUAUAUAUUACAGUGAUAGGAACCUUUGUUGGCUGCUGCUUGCAUCUCUU